AUCUCCGAGUCUGCUGGCCAUCUUUCCUCAGACAAACCCAACUAGAAGUUUGCUGCCAUGGCCGAUGCACCACCACAACCUAUAGCGAGUUCCUCCAAGAAUGGCAUCCUCCCAGCAAAGCCAUGGCAGCACUUCGUAGCAGGCGGACUCGGAGGCAUGUGUGGUGCCAUCGUCACUAGUCCUUUUGACGUCGUCAAAACGCGCUUGCAGUCUGACCUGUUCAAGGUCAAGCACACGUCGCUCGGUCUAGCUGGCAACGGUGUCGUUGUUGCGCCUCAUAGGCCAAACCUCCUAUGGCAUUUUGUAGAGACAGGGCACAUCAUGCGCGACAUUUACCGUGAAGAGUCCUUGCGUGCUCUCUUCAGGGGCCUCGGGCCGACGCUCGUCGGGGCCAUUCCUGCCCGCUCGAUCAAUUUCUUCACGUAUGGCAACGGAAAGCAGAUCAUUGCCAACCAUUUCAACCACGGGCAGGAGAACUCGUGGGUGCAUCUUUCCGCCGCGGCGUGCGCGGGCGUUGUCACUGGUACGAUGACGAAUCCGAUCUGGGUCGUCAAGACGCGACUUCAGCUCAGCCAGUCAUCUGGCGAGCGCGUGAUGGGCGGGUCGUUGACAGUCAUCAAAAAGAUCCUGCGUGAGGAGGGCGUGCGCGGGUUCUAUAAGGGUCUGAGCGCGAGCUAUCUCGGCGUGACGGAGGGCACGAUUCAGUGGACGCUGUACGAGCGGCUGAAACGGCUCACGGCGGAUACGCAGAGCAAGAGCGGAGUUCAGGAAUGGCUAGGCAUGCUCGCGAGUGCGGGGACUGCAAAGUGCGUCGCGAGCCUGAUUACAUAUCCACAUGAGGUCCUACGGACACGAUUGCGACAGCCACUCGUAAAUGGCAAAGUGAAGUACACUGGCCUCCUGCAGACGUUGCGGCUCGUGAUCGCAGAGGAGGGCACGCGUUCUCUAUAUGGCGGGCUCAGCGCCCACCUCAUGCGAGUUAUCCCGAAUGCUGCUGUCAUGUACUCCAUAUACGAGGCCAUCCUGCGCUUCGCAUGACCCUUCCGCCCGUUUUUAUCUCUUCGCUAUGCUUCAUAUGUAUCAUAUAUCCGUACAUUAUCCUUCGUUACAUCGCAUCGUAGAGAUUACACCCCACUUAGGUUCACCAGUCAAAAGUAGCCCUUACUGGCAUGCAGGAUGUAUGCCUAUAAUGGACGUCCAUAACCACCGG